UCCAGGGUCAGACAGACCGCAGGAGAUAAGUGAACUGAGGUAGACAAAAGCGUAAAGAGGGCAUAGUAAGCAAAGUGAUAUGCAGUGCUAAGAACAUUCAAUCUUAUAGAGAGGCAGCUGCACACAUAGGGAGAAGACCCGGGAGACUGCACGAAUCCAUAACGCUCUACAAAUAGGAUCUAUGGAAAAGUACGCACUUUUCAUCUGCUUAAUGCCACUUGGACUCUUGUGGUGUCCGGUCGGCUCAGACAAUACCGUGGAAACCAAGCGCGUGGAUGAGACCCAAGCAGAGGCUGAAAUGGGCACUCUGAGGCGGAGAACGUCCUCUGGCACACGACCAUACACCCUCUCCAGAUCGCCACUGGAUUACCACUAUUCUCCAAAACCCAAGCACUUGAAAGUCCCCCGUCUUCUCCGAAUACUAGGAUCCUCCUUUGAUCCAUUCUGGAUGUCGGUGGAGAAACCUGCAGAAAAUGACACUGCCAGUCCCAUAUCCGCAUUCAGCCAAGAUCUCUUUGAUGGUGCCAGUCGCUACCGCAAGAAGCUGACCCAGGAGGCCCAAAACAUUGAUUUUUCUUUACUGAAACUGCCGGCAGAGCUCUCUGUGAACAGCAGCCGUGUGGCGCUCAAUGAACUCCGCCGGUGGUUGGUGCAGCGGGCUAGCUGUCAGCUUACGUCCACUUGGGUGGAUCUGGGACCGGUUUUUUGGCCACGAUGGGUGAGGCACACAGACUGUGAUGACAGUAAUACCGCCUGCUCCUGGCCACCAGGGAUGGAGUGCCGUCAGGCGCAACUUACUCACAUUAAGAUAUUGGCAUGGCACUGUUGGAUGCAGGAUGCUGGCAAAGGCUGGGCAUCACAGAACUGCAUGUGGAGACAAGUGCCGUACCCGGUGGUGGCUGCCUGUAAGUGUACCUGUCGGUAA